UCCCUUCUUGCUCUACCUUUGGGCUGGGCUGGCUGGUGAUGAGACACUUGACUGCCGGCUGUGGAAGGAGCGAGGGCUACAACUACAAUCGAUUUCGCGACUGUGACCAUGGCCGAGAAUAACGCUCAGAAUAAAGCCAAGCUAAUCUCUGAGACCCGGCGGAGAUUCGAAGCUGAGUAUGUGACAGAAAAGUCAGAGAAAUACGAUCCACGUGAUGUUGAAAGACUCCAGCAAGAUGAUAACUGGGUUGAAAGUUACUUACAUUGGAGACAUAACGUUGUGGAUGAAACACUGAAGAUGCUUGAUGAGAGUUUUCAGUGGAGGAAAGAAUUGUCUGUCAAUGACCUUAGUGAAUCCUCUAUUCCAAGAUGGUUAUUAGAACUUGGUGGUAUUUAUCUGCACGGUUAUGACAAAGAAGGUAACAAAUUAUUUUGGAUUAGAGUGAAGUAUCACAUUAAAGACCAGAAAACCAUAAUGGACAAGAAGAAGCUCAUAGCAUUCUGGCUGGAACGAUAUGCCAAGAGAGAAAACGGGAAGCCUAUCACAGUGAUGUUUGACAUGUCUGAAACUGGACUCAAUAGCAUAGACAUGGACUUUGUACGAUUUAUCAUCAACUGCUUUAAGGUGUAUUACCCCAAAUACCUCUCAAAAAUAGUCAUCUUUGAUAUGCCUUGGAUAAUGAAUGCUGCUUUCAAAAUUGUGAAAAGCUGGCUUGGCCCUGAAGCAGUAAGUUUGUUGAAGUUUACGAGUAAGAAUGAGAUCCAGGAGUAUGUCAGUGUGGAAUACCUGCCUCCCCACAUGGGUGGGACAGAUCCUUUCAAGUAUAGCUACCCACCACUGGUAGACGAUGACUUCCAGACACCACUGUGUGAAAAUGGGCCCAUUGCCAGUGAGGAUGAAACCUCAAGUAAAGAAGAUAUAGAAGGUGAUGGCAAGGAAACCUUGGAAACGAUUUCUAAUGAGGAGCAGCCAGCUCAGUCUGAAAAGAGUAACCCAACUGAGUCUGCUUCCAAAAGAGAUGAAAAUGAAAAAGUUGAUUCAAAGACAAAACCUUUUAAAAAGCCAUUGAGUGUUUUUAAAGGACCAUUAUUACACAUCAGCCCAGCAGAGGAAUUAUAUUUUGGAAGCAUUGAAUCUGGGGAGAAGAAAACUCUGAUAGUGUUGACAAAUGUCACCAAAAAUAUCGUGGCCUUUAAGGUAAAGAGGAAAACCUUAAAAAAGUACACUCCAAGUCAUACAACAUGUGAGGGAAAAGGCACCGUGGAUUUGGUUGUUUUCCCACAUGGUGGCUUAACAGUUUCUGCCCAAGACCGGUUUCUCAUAAUGGCUGCAGAAAUGGAGCAGUCAUCUGGCACUGGGCCAGCAGAACUAACUCAGUUCUGGAAAGAAGUUCCGAGAAGCAAAGUGAUGGAACACAGGUUAAGAUGCCAUACAGUUGAGAGCAGCAAACCAAACAGUCUGAUGCUGAAGGACAGCGUUUCUGCCCUGUCAGAUAAAACCAGUGAAGAUCUGUACCUACAAUUUGCCACCUCCAGAUGUGAAACAGACUGCAGUCCACCCUAAGUGCUGUGCACAGUGUCUGUGUCCCUGUGUGUUCACAGUGACUUCCCAUGUGGUAGAUUUGGGGCCUUAAUAUAAUCUCAUCCCAAAGUAUCUGUCCAUGUUUUUGAUUCCUCAUCAGAUGAACAAGCAGUUAAUUAGCCAAGAUGAGGAAUACAAUUGUCCUAACAGUGUCCCUUUAACGUUUCAUAAGAAAAUCAUGUUGACACACUAAAUACCCUUCUUUGCUUGUUGUCUGGUCAGUUGAACUGAGUAACAUCUUGUUAGCAUUUCUGUGUGGUGAAUGUGACUAAAAAGGACUUUGGGAAAUUAACAUAAUAUCAACAGUAACUGAACUCUUCUGCUAAUCUUGAUUAAUCUAUAUUGUUACAUUUGAUUUUUGUCCUGUCUUUAUUUGGUUUAGUCUAAUCACAUGUGCAUGAUUAUUUUUGGUAUUCUGAUCAAUAAUUUUAUCUUUAAUCAUGUCAUUGCCUUUUCAUGAUCAAAUUACCAGGGAUUUUCAUUUCGAUUUUUGGUUUCACUCGGGAAUGGAAAUUAAUACAUUUUCCAUGAAAACAUUAAUAAAAGAUCAUUAGCUUGAUCUGCAACUAGCCGAAAAUGCAAAUGCUGGUAAACCUAGUCUCAAAUUUCAUAAAAUCAUAACUUUUAUAUCUUGCCACUAAUUUUGACUGGAUUUAAUAGCACUUUAUUGUACAAUUAUAAAAAAUAUAUUCCUAGAAUUGUUGCCAGUGUAAUUUCUCUAAUGUUCUGGUGCUUUUCAUAUAUUUUCAGUAUUUUUAUUACUAUAUUGGUAUUUUCUUUGUAUAAAUUGAUCAAAAGAACAUGUUUUCUAUUUUAAUAUGUUUUAGAAAAUAAUUACAUUUAUGAAAUAAAUAUCAUCAGGAAAAAAA